AGCCAAGCUGGCUAACGCGAGAAGGGGCUCGUCGCAACGAACGUCCGCAAGAAAAGGUUCCUCUCGCACGAUUAGAGAGGUGGGGACAUCCGAGAGUUUAUAAGAACACGAAGGGGGCCUAGUCGUGCUAGGCCGAGAAUCGAUAGUUUGCAAAACCGAGCGAUCGUCGCGAAGUGUGUACGAAAAAUCGAGCAGAAGGAGAGAGGAGGAGAAAAAGUGAGAAAGAAAGAGAGAGAGAGAGAGAGAGAGAGAGAGAGAGAGAGACGGAGAAAAAAGAAGAGAUACGCGAAAAUAUCCGUCCCAUAAACGUAAACUUGAAGACUUGAAAAGUAAUCGCUCCGGCGAUUACUUAAAGUAUAAUCGCGAUUGUCCGCCAAUCGAAUACAUAUACACAUAAGGACAGACUUAUAUAAAAGGCGACUGAUCUUUCUCCUUUGCGCUUCUAUUCCUUCGGUCGUGCGCGACGCGGACCAUUGGGCGGAAAAUCCAAGUUCGAGGGAGAAAAAGAAAAAAAAAAAUAGGAACUUUGCUAGCGACGCUUCGAGAAGAAUCUCCUCAACCCCUUGUGACAACAACGAGAGCACGAGAUACGAGGGAAUGACGGAAAGAGCUAGUCGACGAGGCGCUGCUAGGACAAGCUUCUGCCUGCUGGUGGCUUUCGUCCUAUCCUGUGUCAUAAGUGGCAGCGAGAAGGUUCUUGCAUUUCCGCAGCCCGAACCGCUACCACCGGGAUUCUACGGCGAUAAUUUGGCGUAUGACGCGCAGAGUUCUAAUUUGCUGAACCGCCUGAAGCAGCUGGCGGAGCACAAGCAUCGCGUGGACGAGCAAAUCGAACGCGAGAUCGCUGAUGAACGCGAAAUCACCGACGAACAGAUCGAGAUCCAGGCGAUGCUGGAGGCGAAUGCGCGGGAACGCGCUGCAGGCCGGUCGCAGCCAUCGGAUUAUUCCGAGGAGCCGGAACCGGAAGCGCUGCCGAUACCCGCUGCCAUGGUCCACCACGAGCAACACCCGGGCAAACGACACGGCAUGAAUGGAGUUAGUUAUCACAUGUCCCUGUGCCACUUCAAGAUCUGCAACAUGGGACGUAAGAGGCAAUCGAAAUAAGUCCCCAUAAAUGGUGUAAAGAGGCAGUCGCGAGAUGUUCGAAACGGCGAGCGCGGCGAGGAGCCAAGGGAACCUCAUUGUGCUUCUUUAAAGAAACAUUAAGUAAAAGAUCAAUAAAACACAGCUUGCCACGGUCAAUUGAAAAUUAAAAGUGAGGAAGAUAGCAAGGACGAGCGGUCUCAAUCGACAUUAGCGACAUUUUAACAUCGAAACACUCGACGUUAAAAUGUCGAUUCAAAUUCAAGAAAAUAAUGACUAAAAUAUUUUUCAUAAAAAAAUCUCAAUGUCUCGGAUAAAUCUUACCGUCCUGGAUACAUUGUACCUGUAUUAUAAAUUCCUCCAGGAUAAACAAAUAAAAUAUUCAACGAUUCGCGUGAAUUUUUCGACAGAAAAUUGAUAAAAGAAAUUAACAAAACAGAGGAGAAAAAAAUAUUGCAUCGAAAAAAGGUACGAGGAUCGUCAUCGCUCUUCCUUGCUAUCUCUUCAAAACAGUAAUUACCAGUAUUACAUGUCAUAUACGCGCCACGAUGAAUCUUUUUGCGCAGCGUGAUGUUAAAUUUCGCGAAUCGCGAAAUAAACGCUCGACGGGCACUUUCAUUAAUGAACGUCGAUCAUCAUUAAGUCUGUUUAUAGCGAAGUACCGAAAGGCCAAAUAACGCGACUGAAUUUGAGGCAAAAAAAUAUAUUGGAAAUAUCAAGACCCAGUCCUCGGCUGCCACACGAAAAUAUGUGUACCAUCCGAUUAAUUCGAGCCAGAGUUACGCGAGCUGCCUAUCGAACCUGUCUUGGAAUAUCGAGCGAAAUCAUCGACGAGAUAUUGUUAAAUAAAAGCGAAACGGAAGCGAUACUUGAUUCAAAAAGAGAAAUUAAUGAAAAAUUAGUUCAAGUAUAGUAUUUGAUUUACAAUUAAUCUUAAAAUGUGCGAAAUCGAUUAUGAAUAUCCAUAUGCAAAACGUUUCAAUUAUAUUGUGGCAAAUAUUGCAUGUUGUAGAAAUAUUGCAAAGAUUUAUAUAAAACUAAAAAAGAUAAAAUGAUAAAAUAAUAUUAUAGUUAUAUUAGAAAUGAGAGAUUGUAAUGUUUGGAUAUUAAAAGUGAGAAAGGAAACAUUUCAAACACAUUUAAAGUUACUCUUUUUUCUCUUUUAAAAUUAUA